AUGUCCACGGCGCCGCAAGCCGAGAUUGGCGACGUCGUCAUCGAGUACAAGGGCAAGAAGGGCCGCGCUGCCCAUGAGCGCAAGCAGCUCAAGAAGGACGAGGCCAUGACGGAGCAGCUCUCGACGCUCCAGCGCGGGAUCUUGAGCGAGGCCAAGUUCUCGGCCGGGAGCGUCCAGCCCACGCGCUUCCGCUGCACGAACGCGUCGCUGGACCGCUUCUCAUUCGUCUACGCGACGGGCAAGGACGUCUUGGAAGGCCAUGUCAACUUGGCGCUGAGCGCAGACGAGCAGGCAGAGGUGACGCAGGGCACGCAAGGGGCCAACAUCUCGAACAUUGUCAAGAUGAAGCCCAUGGCGUCCGAGGCGCUCAUGACAACGCCCGUGCACAAGUACGAGAUUCAGUCGAUUACUGCCCGCGUCGACUCGCACCCGAACCCGUUGAUUGCGUCAAUCGAUGCCCGAGGCGCUGCGUUCUUGUACACCAAGAGCACGGGCUCGACGGACGACGUCGGCAGUCCUCAGCGCAAGAAGCAAAAGCAGCACAAGUACAACGGCCAUGCGCUCACUGCGUCGACGACCGCCGAGGUGGGCUGGGCCGGCGUUGCUUUGGACCCCACUGCGUCAUCCAGCGUGGUGGCGACGGCGCAUUUCUUCGCCAAGGAGCUUCGCUUCUUUGAUGCGACGACGCUGCAGCCGACGUGGGUGCAGCCGACCGUGAUGCACCCGACGGCGCUGACCUUUUCGCCGACGCUUGCAUCGACCGCCGUCGUCGCCGAAUACAACCAAUUUUCGAUUUGGGACGCCAAGAGCAACAAGCGAGUCGCCCGGGACGGUGCACCGUCGCAGGGCUGCUUGUUUGCGAUCGCGUGCUCGCCCGACGGCCACUCGAUCGCGAUGGGGGGCGAGGACAAGGUGGCGUACAUCUACGACACGCGCAUGUGGAAGCUCCGGAACCGGUGGCGGUGCCCGCUCAAGUACGACAUCGCCUACUUGGCCUUUUCGCCGUCGCAAAGCUCGCUCUGCUACGUCGCAGGUCUCGACAACGAGCUCAUGUGCGGCGAGCACGACGCGUCGAAAGAGAAGAAGCAAAAGCACAAGGAACCCGCGCCUGCCUACUCGCCGUCCAUUUUGCAGCAAAACCACCGGCUCGGCUUCCGCGGCGACUCGCGCUGGAUCGGCCUUGACAUCGUGUCGGCGUCCGCGAACGAGGACUUGGGCGUCGGUAUCUGUGAGAGCGGCAGUGCGUACGUGAUUCGCCCGGCCCAGUACAUGCUCGGCCACUAG